AACUAACAACAGAAGAAGAAAAGCCCGCCGUUGGGAUGAGAUAUUUGAAAUUCAGGGCGAGCUGUUAAUUCGAUCAAAUUAUGGAGUCGUAUCAGCAUAUAUGCAAAAAAGCACAUAUGCAGUUUGAGUCUCCUGCCAAGGUGUUUGCUAAACUGAAGUCUAAGGUGAGCAAAGACAAUCCGUCCGCAAAUCAGGGGAGUUUUACAGGCAAGGACCCGCCUUAUGGAGGAGUUUUUAAACCGCCCAGAACGAGAUCAGAGAGCACUUGGAUGACCGACCAAUUUAAAGAGUAUACAUCUGUUGCUUAUCGUGAAGAAGCGCAGGCAUUAACUCUCUCUCCCAUAUCGAGUCCUAAGAAAACUUUCUGUUACUCGGACAUCAGCAGCGAGCGUGUAGAGGAAGUGCCUCCUGGAUUAGGACAUGGGUGCACACCGAGAAGAAGGGCUUUCUUUGAGUCAACAGCUCUGGUGAACCGACCACCGAGCCACACCGAACCAGCUCAGAUCAGAGACUCGGCUGGUUUUAAUGGGUUCAGCAGGACUCCAGUAAAAAGCCACCCAGUGGAAAAUGACUUUGUAAGCUAUUCUCCCAAUGACAAACGGAUGCCUCCACCCUUAAUGUUGUCCCCCACGAGAAAUAGUUUGAGGAAGAGAAAAUGGGAGACGCAGGAGUUUGACAAAAUAGGUCAGUCACGACCAGAAAGGAAAACCUCCCGUGCUUUCAGUGCGGACAGUAGCACUUGCGUGGAGGAUGUGGAUAAUGUUAGAGGAUUCUAUGCUGACCCAAUUGGCAUGGACCAGUUCACGCAUGAACCUGUGGUAUCAAACCCACAAAGUUCAGCAAUGACACGUUGCAUAGUUUCUUUGAAAAGAUGUCAUCAAACAUCUCCAGCCAAGAUGUUCAAUUCCAUGAAGAAGAGGGCAUCUAAAACAGAGCAGCAGGAAGUUAAUAAAGUCUGCAGUACCAACAGGAAUCUCUUUUGUCAGGCUAAUUUCCCACAGUCCACAGACAGGCGUCCCUUUAAAGCUCUCAACAUGGGUGAGAUGGAGGACACUGUUUUCAGAGAUGAUCCUGAAAAUCUGGUUGCUGUUAACCUUUCCAGUGAAGCCACUGAAGACAGCCAAUCAGACACCCAAUCAGCCACCCAUCCGUCUGAGAACAUCCCCGCCCCUGAACUGUCAGCACACCCUGUUCUGCAUGAAGACCCCCUUGUGCUCAACUCCCCACGGAUCUCAAUACCUAAGAAAGAGGCUGUGUUCAGGCGAAAUAAUUGGAUGCAGCACACAAAAUUCCCAUGUGAGAGUGUGAUUCAUCUCAAAAAAUGGUACCUGAGGAGAAGUCUCAAUCGUCUGUUUCUUGGUGGAACCCACAGGGAUGACAACGUACCCUGGAACACUAACGUGAUUGUGGAACGGGUUUCUAACAAUGUGGUGAAGACUACCUCCGGCAGCAUUUACAUUCUGCUCGGCAGAAUGAACAUGAAUAUUGACACUGGGUUUCCCAACUGGCUUUUGAACAAGUUUGCUCAUGGGUUUCCUCCAGACUGGGAUGUACUUUAUGAGAAGUUACUGUCAGAGUCAAAAGACGUCCCCAGCAGGGGCAAAGACAGGAAAAGUGAGAGGAGCCGCGUCUUUUCGCAGACUAAUCCUGAUGCAUCAACUGUGAAGCGGCACAGGCAAAAGUCCUUAAAUACACCGGAUUCCCGUCCUCCCCCCUUGUCUGAUGUUAAGGUGUCCCGAAGUGGCCGUGUGCUCAGAACACCUCUUGAGUAUUGGAAGGGAGGGAGAGUUAUCCUGGAUGCAAAUAUGAACGUUACCAUCCAUGAUUGUUAUGAGACCACCAUCUGCUUCCCUAAUGUCACCACAACAGUUUCUACGAGCAAGUCACCGAAACCUGCCCGCGCGGCCAACAGUGAAGGCCAUAAACAAUGUGAACCAGCCAACAUCAAAGAGGCAUCAGUCCCACUGAGGCGGGUCAAAGCUCCUCCCUGCAGACACACCCGAGCAAAGGUUGAGCUUAAUGAAAAUCCCUCUUAUUCCCUUGUAGACAGACUUACGCACCCUGAAAAGUGUUCUGGCACACCAACAAUGUCCAGACGAAAGCGAAAAGCUGCAGAGAGAAACAUUUUUAUGGAGACCUCUCCUCAAAACCAACCUGAAAAGUCUUCAACACGGAGGUCAAAAAAGCAGGCGCCUGACACCAUAAGGCCUUCGGUGGAAGUCUUUGGAAGCGAACGGGCUGUCCAAGGAGCCCCAGAAUCAUCAGGUGCAGAAUCAGCAUCUUCACAGGAUAAGGUCGAAGGGAGAAAGAAGACAGAGAAGGUGCAAAGGAAGAGCAGCAGGAAAGCAAGCAAAGUUCUUCCAACAAGUGUGUCAUCCAUUUCUUCUUCUGAGGAUCUUGGGAGGAUAACCAGAGGAACCUGUACAAAACAGAAGCGGAGUAAAUGCCCUAAGUCACUAUCACCUCCAAAGCCUUUGCUUAAAUUGAAAAAACCCAGCAAGAAAAAACCCACAGCAAAAGAAGGCAAGGCACCACAUCUACCAGAGCAAGAUGAAGAGCAGUGGACAGAGGCCGAGCUUAUGAGACUUCAAGAGGCUGUGUCCUACUUUCCUAAGUACAUGGCAGGGUACUGGGCAAAGGUGGCGAAAAUGGUCAGGACACGUUCUGCAGAAGAGUGCCACUACCAGCACACAUCACAGGCGACCUCCCAGACUCCAGAGAAGACAGCCAAGAAACAGAAGGGAGGAAAAAAGAAGAAGAAGGAGGAGGAAGAAGUGAAAGCAACAAAAGAUCCAAUUACAGAUCCGCCAGUGAUAUCUGCCAGAGCGGGAACCUUUAAGAGGAAGCAACAAGUGCGUCAGUUCCUUGAGGCCAUGCCCAGAGAAGAUGUGGAGGAUGCUUUCAGCUCAGAUUACAUGCAAAGGAAACGUUUCGAGGUUCCCUCAAUGUGUCAGAGUGAAGAAGACUUCAAUCUGUCUGAGAUGGAGCCACUGAGCCCCACGUCGACAGUUUUCCCAGAAGUAAAGACUCCUCAAUGUGUGAAUAUCACUCCUGGCAUGAUGGGCUCUCUCGACAGGACCAAUAACGAGAAGUACGUCCAUCAACUCCAGAAGAGGAUGAAAAAAAAUCAGUUUAACGUCUGCAAACAGGCUGCUUCUUCGAAGACCUUCACACCAACGCCAUCAGUUAAACGAACAAUGAGAAGAUGUGGUAACACAGAUACUGACAACUUUGUCGUCUGGGAGAUGUUUCCUGGAAAAGAUGCCGUGCUGCCUGAUAGCGGAGAGGAAGAGGAUUUUUACUUCUCACACGAUUUCUGAUUGCAGCUAAAACUUUUGUCUCCUCUUACAAAUGUAAGAGUUUAAUCAUUAUUGUGUUUUAACUUCGCUUGAUGUUAGGUUUAUAAUGUUGAAUAUUUUUUUGAACCUUUUGAGCAACCUACAAUUCAAUAGAAAACACAGUUGGGAAUUGCUUUAUAAUUUUUAUUUGCAACAUGCUGUCAAAACCAGACUUUUGCCACUGUACCUGUAAAUAUAGGGUUUCUCCUAGGCCCCAGAUGGAGUUGUAACUAUCCUUUUAAUAAAGAUUGAGGAAUUUUACUUUUUUCAUUUCUUUUUUUAUGGGGGAUCAAUUAUCUAGGAAAGUACUGCCAACCUUUUUGGCAAAAGAAACCUGCAAAUGUAACCCCCUGACUUUAAGAAAUAAAACACAGCAUUUAUUGUUACAUCUGACUGCAGUGCAACUUCAAUAAACAUGAUAUACACAUGUACUCAUUUUAUUAAAGGAGUUUAAAUGGA